CACCCAAGCCAAUGGAGAGCCGGUGCCCGCGUUUUGCAAACCGACAGAGGCAGUCCAGCGCUGAUUUACAGCAGUUCAACCUAUUAACAAGAACACCUGCGCGGACCACAGAGCCUUUGAGGAUAAAGAGGAAGAUAAAGCGAACAUCUCUGUUUCGAACAGAAAGCGUGACACAGCGCGGAAUAUACACUGGAAUAUACACAUACACCAGCAUGAAGAAAAGCCAUAUGGUCAAAAGGGGUCUUCAUGAUACCAACCAGCCGUCAUCCCAACCGGAUAAAGUGGGCUGGAUCCGGAGGUUCUGUGGCAAAGGGAUUUUCAGGGAAGUGUGGCGAAACCGCUUUGUGAUGCUGAAAGGGGAUCAUCUGUACAUAUUUGAAAAACAGAUGAAGAAUAAUGGAAAGACACAUGAAGUAUUUGACCUGGCUAAAUAUGAGCACUCGGAGGAACUGAAAAAGUUCAAGAGCCACAGCAAGAAGAACCACAGUAAAUUUACACUGCUUCGUUGCGCACAACCUGGCAACAAGAGUCCAAAUCUUGUGUUUCUGGCAGUGAGUCCGGAAGAAAAGGAAUCUUGGAUCAAUGUUUUAAAUACAGCUAUUACAAGAGCUAAGAACCGGGUUCUGGAUGAGGUCACGAUUGAGGAGGAGAGUCUUCUGGCGCACCCUACACGCGAUCGAGCCAAGAUCCCACUUGGGCGCCGCUUGCCCACGCGGGGUCAUCUCAUGGCUGUGGGAUCUACCACCUCUGAUGGGAUGCUGACACUGGACUUGGUAAAUGAAGAAGAUGCUGGUAUGCUUGAUGAUGAUCAAGAUGAGUGGAUGAAGGACCAUGAGGUCAGUCUGGAUAAGCUUGCACCUGCUCGCCGACGUGCUGGUACAGAUGUGUCCAGGCCACCAUCCUCCAUUACAGACGCCAAGGUGAACACCAGUAGCUUACCACGCCAAAGUGAGUUUUCCCAUAGCUUCCAGUCUCACACCUCUCCAAAUAAGAAGGUGUUAGUUCUGUGCCGCAACCGCUGUGCUUCCAUGGACGACGCUCUGUCCAGAGGAGAGUGGAAAACAACCAAGAAGGAAACAUUAGCCCAAAGCCCCACGGACCAUCUUCAGGACCUGAUCGCCCAGAGGUUGCAGAGGACUCAAGAGCUCCUCGCUGAGAUCCAGGAACAAAAACCUCAUAGGGACAGGAUGGGAUCUUACCCCCAUCUGAGAGGCAUCGACUCCCCCCGACUUCGGCAUCUCAAGGGAUCCGACUCUCCACACUCCAAGGGCUCCAGCUCACAUAGCUCUCCCCACAGCAGAGCAGACUCGCCCCCUGUUAGAGGUAAAGAUUCACCUGGUUCCAAAGGGAAAGAAUCGCCUCAUGGAAAAUCAAAAGAGUCGCCUCGCUUUAAAACGUCGAAAUCUAAGAGCAACUUUCGCUCGAAGAGCAUCGACUCACCUGAUUCGAAAGAGGCAAGCUCGCCCCAUAUGAAAUGCAUCGAUCUGACUCACAUCAAAGGUUCAGAUUCACCUCUUUCCACCGGCUCACACUCUCCCCAUUCGAAGUGUGCAGAACCUGUUUUUUUCCGGGUGUCCUACUUGCCCCAUGUCAAAAACAUUAAAGGUACAGACUCACCCCUCAGUGAAGUGUUGGACUGGGAUAGCAGGAGGGCAGCAGCUGAGCGACUGUUACAAGAAGCCAUUUCAUCCUGGAGAGAAGCUAGAGAGAUACUGGCAGAAGUAAAGGAGCUACAAGCAAGACAGCAGCGGGCGGAGCAAAAUAAAACCGAGACGCUUGAGACACCCUCACAGUGCCGCAAGCACAAAAGCCCCUGACCUGAUGUUUAUCCAGACUUAAGCCUUUAGGGCUUUAUGAUGAAUGCAAGGAAGAUGCUGUUUUGUCCACUGUGCCAAAUCUCACAGUUUGUUUAUAUAUUAAUUGUUGUUCCUCUGACACCUUAAUCCUUUCUUGCACUGUGAAUAAUUGUAUUUUUACUUGUUUAAAUAUGACCUUCCAAUGAUGUUCUGCUUCACUUCUAUAGCUAUUGGUAAGCACUGGAUUGUGGUUGUGCAGUUAAGCAUUUAAACUGGUGUAUGGUUGAUUUUGAACUGAAACACACCAGGUGAAAAAUGUAAACACAUGGGAAUGUUUUGGUAAGAGUCAGCAGUGGGCCUAAGACCAUGUGGUUCCAUCUUAUCCAUCCAUUUUCCAAACCUGCAGUGUCAAGAAUAGGGUUGGGAAUCCAAAAUCUAUUCCAAUUCUGAAAUCGGAAUCGAAAGGUUAGGAAUGGGAUACUUAAUAUAAAAUUAAAAUGACUUAUUUCUUAUCUUAUCAGUUCCUGUGUGCACAUUUUCAGAAAUGAGCUGCUGAUAUCUCAAUAAAAACCCUUAUGAAAAUGAACCAUAUUUUUUACCAUGGUUUGUAGUAAAGCACAGUAACCACAAAUUUACCAUAGUUUCAUUAUAGUAACUACAGUUUAACCAUGAUAUUUGUAGUUAAACUAUGGUAAUACAAAUCGUAAUAAAUCCGACAAAACAUGGUUGUUAAACUUAUGACUAUGUAUAUACAUAUAGUGCGACCAGUGAAUAAGCAGAGCAGUGAAUUACAACUUUGAAAUCGAAACUGGGAAUCGUUAAGAAUCAGAAUCGAUAAGCAGAUAUAUACAGGUCAUAUUCCCCCAAAGUAACAAAAAGUUUAAAAAUAAAAUGAUUUUCUUGCUCAAGUAGUUGUCCUUCAGCAGGCUUUGUUAAUCUGCAAGUGUAAUGCAAAAUAAGAACUAUAAGACAGACAGAAGUCAGAAAGUGUAAUAUUCCAUUAGUGAUAAACAAUAUAUGAGCACUCCUGGAAUGCUUUAUUUCAUUUUAUUUUAUUUUACAAAAAUGCAUUUAUACUUACAAAAUAGGGACUCGUGGCCAGUAUCUACUAACUCUAUAUUUCAGAUGUAUUUUUCACAAGGUAUGUUGACCUCUUAUUUUCAAAAUGCUUGUGUUGUUUUGAAUAAUUACUGUAGUGAAUUCCAUGUAAGAAUGCUUCUGAAUGGGAACAUUGUGAUUCCAAGAAGCUACUUAUUAACAUCUUUUGGAUCUCUGGAGGAAUAGUAAUUAUGAGAACAUAAUAACAGGCAUAAUCAUGACGUAUUGAAUCAGGUGGGUGGAUGAACAGGGUCAAUAACUGGCCCUGUAGUCAAUGCAUGCCCGUUUUUGUGCAAUCUGGCGACCUGAAUCUUGCAGUCUCGAUGAAUAAAGAUUUUAUGAGGAACCCAUUAGAUUAUGGCACUUCUAAAAGCCCAAACUUUUAGUCAUAUUAGAUGACAAAAUGAGCAUAAAUCAUUGACUACUAAAUGAAUUAUGACUGUUAUGUAGGCCACGUAUUUCCAAAGCAGGCUUGACUUCAGCAUGCCAGAUUAACACGCAAUCGCUAAACAUACGGCUAAUUUCUUUAGUUAGAGGCCAAGUGAGGUCUCGCUGAUGUGGCAGAAAUGUCAACUUGCGGUUCAUAACAUCAAGCACACACGCUCAUGCCAGAUGUAUACUAAAGUGACUAUACUGUAUGAUAAUGUACACAGAUUAUGGAUCAUGGGGCAAAACUCAAAAAGGUUACCUUUCUGUAAAUGUCAUGCAUUCAUUUAUGAACAUUGACUGUCUUAUGUAUUGCACACUCUCAUUAACAUAUUUGUUAUGGACAUAAAAAUAAACAUAAUUUAUUUAACCCA